AUGGCUCUCCACCUCUUCUCCUCCCUCCUACCUCCCCACAAGCCCCUACUCUCCUCUCCUCGCCACCACCCGCUUUUGCUCCCCCACGUCUCCUCCUCCUCCUCCUCUCACCACACCGCGGGGGAGAGAGCCCUUGUGUUGGAGCAACCCCCUUUUGAACUCGAACCAAUCCCCAAAACCGCUUCUUUCAAUGAGGAGCCGCCCAAAGAUCGCCCUUUUGGUGUUCCUCGGGGCCGAAUCGAAGAGCCCGAGUUCCGGAUGACCCUAUCCGAGCUCGUAAAUGCCGCCGGGAUUCGGCGGCCCGUGGCAGUUUACGGCGAUCCGCAUGUUUCGGUUACCGGCGUUCAGAAUGACUCGAGGAAGGUGAUUCCCGGAGACCUUUUUGUUUGCUGUGUUGGGUGUAAAACUGAUGGGCAUCUUUACAUCACGGAUGCCGUCCGAAAGGGAGCUGUCGCGGUGCUCUCCUCAAAGGAGGUUCAUUUAGAUUUGAUGCCACAUUGUGGGGCUCUUGUCGUAGUGCAGAGCACUAACUCUGUUCUCCCUGUAAUUGCCGCCGCGUUUUAUAAGAACCCGUCAAGGAAAAUGUCGGUGGUUGGGAUCACCGGAACGAACGGCAAAACGACUACGUCGCACUUGGCGAGGGCAAUUUAUGAAGCUAUGGGGCUGAGGACAGGAAUGCUGGGGACCGUAGGAUACUAUAUUAACGGAAACACGCAGUUAGAAGAAGCCCAAAAUACGACCCCUGAUGCAGUUGCGGUUCAGAAAUUGAUGGCUAAAAUGGUGCACAAUGGGGCUAAAGCAGUGGUAAUGGAGGCUUCUUCUCACGGGCUCGCACUCGGAAGGUGCGACGAAGUAGAUUUCGAUGUCGCAGUGUUCACGAAUCUAACAAGAGACCACUUCGAUUUCCAUAGAACUGAACAGGAGUAUAGGAAAAGCAAAGCCAAACUUUUCUCAAAGAUGGUUGAUCCUCAACGGCAUGUUAAAAUUGUAAACAUUGAUGACCCGAAUGCAAAAUUUUUCAUAGCUCAGGGGAACAGAGGAGUACCUGUUUUGACCUUUGCGGUAGAGAAUAAGAAUGCAGAUAUUUACCCCCUUAAGUUUGAGCUUUCGUUGACGACGACAAAGGUUUUGAUCAAAACACCAAAUGACGUACUACAAAUCUCUUCGCGGUUGAUCGGGAGGCACAAUGUUUAUAAUAUCCUUGCAGCAGCAGCUGUGGGUAUUGCUGUCGGUGCCUCAGGUGAGGAGAUUGCUAGAGGAAUCGAAGGAGUCGAUGGUGUUUCGGGUAGGUUUGAAUCGAUAGACGUGGGCCGUCAACCUUUUGGAGUUAUAGUUGAUUUCGCACACACUCCAGAUGCUUUGUCUAAAUUACUGGAUACCGUUAGAGAGCUAGGUGCAAGGAGAAUCAUCACAGUCGUCGGUUGUGCCGGCGAAAGUGACAAAGGGAAGCGACCAAUUAUGACAGAACUUGCUGUCGACAAAAGCGAAGUCGUCAUUUUGACAUCAGACAACCCGAAAACCGAGAAUCCAUUGAACAUCUUGGAUGAUAUGUUGGCCGGUGUCGGAUGGACCAUGCAUGACUAUGUACAUUACUGUAAGAAUGAUUACUACCCGCCUCUUCCGAACGGCCAUAGACUUUUUGUUCAUGACAACAGAAGAGUAGCAGUGCGGGCUGCUAUAGCUAUGGCAGAGAAAGGGGAUAUAGUUGUUGUGGCAGGCAGAGGGCACGAAGACUAUCAAUUACAAGGUCAUAAGAAGAUACAUCUUGAUGACAGGGAAGAAUGUAGGGAAGCUUUGCAUUAUAUCAACAAGUUGCAUCGGGCAGGGUUGGGAAAAAGAAUUCCGACGGUGGUCAUCAGAGAGCCUCUUUUGUCCUUCCAUGAAGAUGUCGAGGCUCGGCCUGUAACACCGAAGCGAGACGAGUCAUUUUCUGCUUCGCCUGUUCAUUGAUUGCACCCUCAGUGUCAGCAGUUUCUCAUGUUUGUCUUGUCAACGACAUUUCUGCCGGUAAGCAUGAAUUGUACAAGUAAUGUUUAAGUCCUAUAUUUGUUUACAGAAAAAAUAAUUUAUUUUAAUGUUAAUGUGCAGAAAAGUCACUUGUAAAUUAGUGAGAAGUGCCUUUUCGUUUAAUUUCCAACAUUUAAUGUGGAUUUUUUAUUUGCUUGCACCACUGAAUAAUCGACAAUCCUAGGCUCUUAUGUUUAUUUUUGUUAUUUUCAAAUGAAUAGGCAAUCAAACAUGAGUUCUCUCUUUUUCCUUCAGUUUCCCCCCUCUUUUAAGUUCUGAAGCUUAUCUUAGCCGUAUAUAUUCUGCUAAACCUGAGGUCCAGAAAUAUUUUGAUCUUCUAUGUAGGUACUUGAAUUCUGCUAAAAGAAAAAUAUAUACACAUGCCCGUACCUCUUUUAUUUUCGUUUUUUUUUAAUGUUAAACAUUCCAAGCAAAGACUAACCACCACUGUUUAUAGCAGUUGAUUGUUAUCCUCCGGCUUCUCAGGUUAGAUCUAGCACCCAAGCAAUUUCAAGGCAUUGAAAUGUAUUUUAAAACUCCUGUUUGGCCCAACUAAAGUUGCUCAAAGGUGGCCUGAACUGGCUUAAAUGGGCUGUAAAUGGGCUGGACUGUGGCCCAGUCACACUAGUAGAACUAUCCAUGUUUGGUUCAAAAAGACAAAAAUCUAGGCAGGUGGAAGGAUACUCUUUUGGCUAUUACUAUUAUUAUUAUAUCCCUUAUUUACAAAAUUUGUCCUUUUUUCAAUUAUUUCAAACAAAAUAAUUGAAAUUUUCUUAAAUUAUUGAAAAAAAAUAAAAGAAAAGAUGUUGUCGGUGGUUCUCUUCUUGGGAGAACGAGACGAGGCCUGUGGCCAACGCAUUAGCAAUAAUCUCAAUAAUAAUCUCUAGCCUCUAGGCAAAGACACGAACGCCUUGUAAAGCGGAAAAAAAAAGGGCCACUUAUUUGAACACUCAGAUUCAAAAAACAAAACAAUAAAUCAUCUAACUUUACAAUUAUUUUGAUCAAUUAUUUUUUUUUAUGAAUUAUAGUUAAUUUGAUUCA